UGUUCUUGGGAGGGUGAGGGGUGUAAUUUCACAUCUUUGGGUUUCACUGAAAGAGGCCAGGAAAAGCUCAAAUCUUUGUCCCUCCCCUACUCCCUUCCCCCUCUCUCCGAUUUGGAACGAGGAUCUUGCGUGAAGUGUAUUUAUAAGUACAAGUGCGGGUGUACUGUUGACCAGACUGUAAAGGAGAUUUCACAUAUCCCCUGCUUCAUCACAUUCUUAUUCCCCUCAUGAAAUAAGGUGCCUCGAUACUCCCUCCACGCUGGCCGGGUGUGAAGUGGACACGCCGGGGAUGGACGUCUUUUCAUUUGCAUGUGUUUUGUCCACACCCCUUACGAGAUAACGACAGGACCAAGCCUACAGCCUUGCCUUCAGAGGGAGAAAGUGACACGGCUCGCCGUGUGUGUGCAGUGAAUUGAGGAUACUCAGUGCAUGAGCAUUUAUCGAGGAUAUAUUUUGUAUGUCUUGCGCGAGAAACUUACUCGUGCCAUCCAUUACGUUGAAAGUAUCAGCGCGCGGAUUGAAAGACUCGGAUUUGGAUUUAAACAUCGAUGAUACCAACCCUGACAAACAUGGAGUCCCUCCAAAGCUGUGUCCACCAUGUCCCUUUCUGUGCGCCCCACGCGGAGGGUCGUCGCCAGAUCCAUCACUAGGAGCCAGUCCUUCGCCGGAGUCAACUCCUACGAUAAAUCUUACAGGAACCUUUCUGUUUUCAGCACCCCAGCGUGUGUAAGGAAGACUCCCUCCAGAGUAAGCAGGAUGUUCACGCUGUCCACUAAAUCUCCUCCCCCAAAGGUGCCCCAGCCUGAGAGGCUGGACGAGGUGUACGAGGCCCUGAAGAGAGGACUGCAAUCCUACCUGCAAGUCCAUCAGAUGGAGCUGGACAGUCUGAACAGACAAAUGAAGGAGUCUAAGAGAAACUCUCGCUUGGGUUUUUUGUAUGAACUUGACAAGCAAGUGAAAGUAAUUGAGAGAUUUAUGAGGCGGCUGGAGUUUCAUCUCAGUAAGAUUGACGAACUCUAUGAGGCUUACUGUAUGCAGCGCAGACUGCGAGAUGGAGCCGAUAAGAUGGUGAAGGCUUACACAGCCUCUCCAGGCAGCAGGGAGGCCAGAGAGAGUCUGUCUGAAGCUAACAAGAGCUUCAAAGAGUACACGGAGAAUAUGUGCAUGCUAGAGAGUGAGCUGGAGAACCAGCUGGGGGAGUUCCAUGUCAAAAUGAAGGGCUUGGCGGGUUUUGCAAGACUUUGUGCUGGAGAUCAAUAUGAGAUCUUUAUGAAGUACGGUCGCCAGCGGUGGAAACUGCGGGGUCGGAUUGAAAUCAAUGGCAAGCAAGUGUGGGAUAGUGAGGAGAUGGUCUUCCUCCCCCUUAUCACAGAGUUCCUGUCUAUAAAGGUGACGGAGCUGAAGAGUCUGGCCAAUCAUGUGGUGGUGGGAAGUGUCUCGUGUGAGACGAAGGACCUGUUUGCUGCCCUGCCUCAAACAGUAGCUGUGGAUAUCAAUGACUUGGGCACCAUUAAGCUCAGUCUAGAGGUCACCUGGAAUCCAUUCGAUAAAGAUGACCAGUCGUCCUCAGCUAGCACCGUGAACAAACCUCCUACUGUCAACAAACGUUUCUCUACCUACAACCAGAGUCCUCCAGAUACACCCUCUCUACGAGAGCAGGCCUUCUAUACAGCUCCACGGAGCAUGAUGUCCAAACAGCGCUGGUCCUUACUGGAUGUGUUCAGAGACACACUGACAGAGAAACUGACUCAGAGCUGCUCAUGCAGCGAUGUCACCUCGGUUCGCCUGGGUUCGUCUCUGCUUUCCAGCCAUAAUAUGUUGAGGAGACAAGAGGAGAUGGAGAACGGAACGGCGUGGUCAAACUCUUCCGAAUCCUCUGACGAUUCCUCUAGUCCUCAGCUUUCCUUGGGAAUGCGCCAUGCACACAAGAACUUAGUACAGCCUGAGGUACAAACUGCUCCUCCUGCCAUUGAAAUCUCAUUUGCAACCCGCGAAUCGGCGACCUCUACUCCCACCCGCCUGGCCAAUCAGAAAGAAGAGGACGAGGAGGAGGAGGAAGAAGAGGAGGAUCUGAAGAAACCAACAGCCACCAUAACAGUCACCACCGAGGCUCCUGUGAAACAGGAAGUGCCCAAUGGCCAUCCCCGCUAUUCUCGCUCCCUUAGCCACAUCAGCGAGAACAGCGCAGAUGGUGUUUUGACAGAUAGACUGGCUGGGGAAUCCUUGGAGGCCCAUGAAGUGACUUCAGUGGUCUCUUCGGUAUUUGUAAGUGACAUUGCCAUGGAUAUGCCCCUCCGAGCGGAACCAUGUUUUGUAGUACCAGACACUCAGGAGACCUGCCCCAUUCCUGAUCCCUCCACGAGUGAGCCAUCCUGUCCCGCUGAGCCACUGAACUGUUCAGAAAGUAGCUCUCCUGCUUGUGACUCUGAAAAAGCUACAGAGCCCACGUCUAGGCCCACCUGUGGAGACAAAGACUCUUUCCCCAAUGCUUAUGCUUUGUCACAGCAGAUGGACUCCGAGGAUCCUAGGACUGAUUCCUCUCAUGAGCCACACCGCACAAAGACACAAACAGACGACCUGCUGGCAGAGAAGUCUGGUUCUUUAGUAGACACCAGACCCAUGGGUGAUUUGGAGGGACAAUCAGCAGACAGCGGUUUGCAGGAGGCCCUUGGUGCUGUUUUGUCCUCCCUUGAUGACUACAGAGGCCAGUUCCCAGAACUACAGGUCCUAGAGCAAGAGCUGAAGCUGUUGGAGGAGGCACUAACAGUACGGAGUCGUAGUCGCUCAUCCAGCAUCAGUUUGACGGUUGAGACGGCUCUAGGGAGCUUUGACUUCCUUAAUACAUCAGACCUGGAGGAAGAGGAGGAGGAUGGCGAGAGGCAGAGCGUGACAGACAGCGCAGAGGAGCGGCCAGCGGCAGUGGAAAGCGCAGGAGAGGAUGAGGGCUGUGAAGCGCAAAGUUGGGAUACUCCCUCCGGUCCUUUUAGCACAGGCUGCCCGACUCUAAAUCACACCCUGCUGGUUCAUCUGAAGAACUGCAGCUCACAGCUGCUGAGGUUAGGCACAUUCGGGCCUCUGCGCUGUGGGGAGAUGUACGCUCUGGACCGACUUCUCAGGGAGGCCAGAGUCCUCGAGCUCAUACGAUGGGUUGUGAAGGACGAGAGGGGCGAAGUCAUCCAACCAGAGGAAGUUGUUCCUCAGUUAGAUCAGUGCCAAGGGGCUGUGUUGCUGUGGAGGCAGUGCACGGAUGGCUGCAGCGUCUACAGCACCUCCACAGAGGCCUUCUUACAGGCACUCAGCAACACUUACGCCAGCAGACUCCCUGAGAGAGGAGCCGGAUUCACAGACACAGUGUUUCUGCGUCUGCUGGAGCGAAUCCUGGAGAGGAAGUUGCCCAGGCGUGCAGGAGGUCCGUCCAAAGAGACUCUCACACUCUUUCAGUUUUGGAGCUACCUGGAAGCAGAGGGGGUGAAUGACUUGGACACACACAUUCCUGAGCUGGCUGAAGAAGUGUGGCUAGUUCAGUGCCUGCAUUCUGGAGAUCAGGAUGUUGUGGUAAAAUCUUUGAAGAAGCCUCCAGAGUGCAGUCUGAAGAGGGAGGGCUUGCGUGCAGUCAGUCUGCUGCUGAGGGAUCCGAGGGGGAAAGUGUGCAGUGCAGCCAGCUCCCUGCUGCGGAGUCUAGCUGACCAAACCCGCCACAGGGAGAGGGCGCUGGUGAGCUGUCUAGAGUUGCUGGAGGAUGAAAGUGUUGAGACGCGGGUGUGUGGAUGUAAAGCACUCGCAUGUCUGAAGGCCAAAGAGAGCAUCGAGCAGCUGGUGUAUCUGUGCCGGACAGAUAAGGAGGAUGUGAGGGAUGCUGCCAAACAAGCUCUGCUUGUUCUAGGUGAGGAGGGGAAGAUAGCCCAUCGACACCUUGAGUCCUCACAAGAUGGAAUGUCCCGGCUGUUUGCGCCCGGCAGCAUGACCAGUACAGCUUUCUAACACAAUUAGCUGACCGAUACUUGUACUUGCGUCUCAGUAUCCUCACUGUCAUGAUCAUGCCAAUUACAAACUUUAAAUGCACACUAUUAAAAAAACUAUCAAACAGUUUUAAUGACACAAAUCAGCAUUGUCCUCAAAGACGUGGACGGAUGUUAUACAAUCAUUGGACAAGAGGUCUUGUAUGUCAGCUUGUAUGCUCUUAAUAUUUUGGAUAUGGCCUAAGAUAAACUACUGUAAAGUGAUGAGGUAAGAUACAUGGUGGGAAUGGGUUUAUAAAUAAUGUUUUGCUGCCUUAAGAUUCAGCCCAGUGAUGUUGCCUUCAUGAUUCAUGGAAUGAAGCUAGACCCUGAUCAGCAAAACAAGCGAUGGGAGAUAAAGUGUGGUUUUCACUUUAUUGGUGCAAGUAAGGCAGUGAGUACCUGCAGAGUACAUAGAGAAUCUGAUUGUCCACUUUAAGAGUAUUUAUGUGUGUGUACAUAAUGUUUGGAGAAUGUAUGUUGGUGGCUGAGGGGGUCUCCACCUAGAAACGUAGGAUGGGGAUCUUGGAAAGUAUUUCCUUAUUAAUCCCAAACUUUCAUAGGGACCUUGUUGCCAUAGUAACAGUGCCAUUCCAUACUGUCAUAUGCUUUAUUGAUACAGAAUAUAUAUCUAUAUUCCAAUUGGAAGUGUACAUGUUUUGUGUUGUAAUUUAGUUUAAAUGCUCAAUAGCCAAUACAGAUCUGAUUUGAUUCACCAUUCACUUCACGUUUAAGCCACUGGCAUUGUAAUACCUGCUGUAAAAGUGGUGAAGCUGUUCAUUUUUUUAUUCAUUUUUGAAGGUGUCAUCAUUAUUAUGAGUGAAAGCUGUAAACUGUAGUGAAUAUUGCCUUUUGCAAGAGGUUCCGACAACCGUUCCACGCUCGUGAUCUGUAGAAUGGCCAUAGAUCAUGUUUGACUCAGAGCAUUUCUCCAGUGCUGCUAGACAGAAAGGUUCUGAGUUGGAACCAGAGAAGGUUCGUUCAUUUUUACAUAACAUUAUUUUCUAGUUGAAUCUGUUCCAGACUUAAAUAUGACAAAGAACGCCUCUUCAGUGUAUAAGUGCCUCAAAGUAGUAUUGGGAGCAAGAGAAUGAGAUAGACUUUAUUUAAAACUCAACACUCUGUGGUUUAGGAUUGCAAACUGCAGAACAGAUUUAAAUAUAUUUUUCAUUAUCUACAGAUUGUGCAGCAUUAAAGAAGUGAUUUACUUUUGAUUUUUUUUAUUUUCUCUAAAUAUGUAUAUUGUCUGACAAGGAUAUUGCUGACAUCAACUGUAAAGGAAACUAUUAAAAUUAUGGACACUAAAACUUGGGUGACUUAUUUAUUAACACAUUUGAUACCUGUUAUUUGUACUUUGUCACUAAGAAAAUUGGAAAAUAAAAGAAUUACAUAAUUGAAG